UACGGUUUUUCCUUUUAGAACAUUUUGUAAAUCACUACGAAUCAACAACUCAACGCUUUGCAAGUACCACUCAACAAAUAGUUCUUUCUCGACCUUACGAAUAUUUAAAAACCAAAAAAAAAAAAAAAAUUAUAACAUCCUUCAACUCCUUUUUCUCCACUCAAUAAGAAUUUGAUACUGCUCAUCAACAACACCAUCAACAUCAUUAACAAUGUCAGAAGAAAAGAAAAGCGUCAUCCGAUAUACAAAAGAAGAAAUGAUUAAAUUACAUGACAGUCCGCUUGUACAGAAACCUGAAAAGAUGCCAUCUUUACUAAGUUGGUUCGGAGAGGACCAGGAUUCCCCAGCAACAAAAAGUAUACUUAAUGGUUCCAUUAUGAUUCGAACAACAUCCACUGAUAAAAAUAUAGUUCUCGGCCCAACAAAAACUAACUUUGCAUCAUCUACUUAUGGUGGAUUGAAAAAGCUGGAUGACAACAAUAGCACGACCUCAGCAACCUCGAAGCUACAGCAAACCACUUCAGCAAGACAUCAUAGACAGUUGGAAGAUAGAUCGACUACAUUAAAAGACUACAGCAGAACAUCGCGUGGUCUAAUAUAUACAGGAGAUAAAGGAUCUUCUUAUUCACAUAGAACGUCAUCUGAUAUGAAUAAAUCACUAUCUGACAGAAAGUAUAUGGGAUCGUCACCACCACAUGGCAAUUACAGUAAUAACAACAAUAUGAACAAGAAUCGAUUCAAUAAUGGAACCGAGCGAUUAAAUAAUGGCAUGGCCGGUGGAAAACAAAUGAAUUAUAAUAACCGAGCCAACAACCGACAUCACAACAAUCAUAUGCUAGGACAUAAUACCAAUCAUCAUAAUAUGGGUAUGGACAGAGAUUCAGAUAGAUCGGAAAGAGUGCCCGAGUGGAUGGAUUAUACGCCAGACAUUGAUAAAUCACCAUUAGAGGCAUCUAAAGAGGCUAAAGUUGACGAAGAAGAUGCGAAAGCGAAAUUUGCAAAUGAUUUAGAAGCUUGGAAAUCAAAUAUGAAAAAAAGAGAUGGUUUUAAUGAUGGCACAAUCUCUACAGCAACUACUACAAGGAACACAAUAACAGCGGAUAAAGCAGCAACAACAUCAAAGCCAUCCGAUACAAAGUCAGUAGAAGAGUCGCUUGCCACCCUCGCUUUUGAUUCGCCUUCAGUAGUUACACCAUCAACGGAUGCUUUAUCCUUCUUUGAAGAUAGCCUCUUAAUUGAGCCUCCACCGAUACGUAGAGAUCAAAAGAGUGGUUCUCGUUUCGCCAAGUUUUUCGCUAAAAAGGAGGAGCCCACCUCUGAUGUUACAACUGCUGUAGUCGAAGCACCUGAUCAGUCUUUAGCCCAAAGGAUGAACCAAUUGAAGCAACCACCAUCAGUAGGUGUAGGAGAUCAGCAACCUCGUUCGAUUACUCUGAAUGACUUAUUCAAAGCAGGCUCGCCCAUGGCAAACUUAGCAGCGACGGAAAUCCAAUCUAAACCUGAGUCACCUCUGUCCCCUCCUAUAGUUUCCGAUAUGUUAGAGAAGUCUCAGGAACACCCAGUCCGUGUCUUUUCUGAAGAGGAUAUUUUGAAAUCCUUGGGUGCGAAUAAAGCCUCUGCAGCUGAACAAAAGGAUCCUGUUGUCAAAUCACCUAAUCAAAAGAACAAUGAAGAUGCCAUUGGUUUCAACAGAGUCCUUCAAAUUUUAUCUCAACCUAAACCUUCUUUAUCCUCUCAGCAACAACAAGAAGAAACAGAGAAAGCUACUUAUCAGCAAAAGUCCAAUAGUAACAAGGGGUCACCUCGCUCAAUAAGUUCACCUCAAGCCAAACCUUCUGUUUCUACUUCCUCUAGCACUUCGGCAUCUGUUGCCAGCAAGUUUGGUAAUAAUUUGCCAACUUCCGUUCUACGUCAAAUGAGCGCACGCUCAUCAGAAGGCAGAUCACCGUCACUGCAUUCUAGUAAAACGAAUACUCCUCAUUUGUCGGAAAUGCGAUAUUCUCCUUCUGCUAAACAUCAACAACAAUAUACACAACAGCAGCAACAGCAACAGCCACAGCAACCACAACCACAACAACAACAGCAGCAGCAGCAACUACAGCAACAACAACCUAUGCUACCUCAUCAACAUCACUUACCAAAUGGUGGUAUACCUUUACCUCCUCAGUAUUUCCCCUAUCACCAUCCUCACCAUCCACAGCAACAGCAACCUUACUCACCAGGUCAACAUCACCCUUCUCGAAUAAUGUCUUUUGAACAAAUGAUGCACUUUAGUGGUGCAGGUAACAAUGGUGACAUGUCGCGUGGAAUGCCUCCGCCUCCACCCCAUCAUCCUCCAACGGGAGCUCCACCGCCUCCUCCUGGAUCACAUCAUGGCCCACAUCCUCCCCACCUUUCCGCUGACCAACAACAACGCUUCCUGCCUCCUCAUAUGAUGAUGGGCCCUCCACCACCUCCACAUCAUCCUCAUAUGCUCCCCCCUGGAGGACAGAGACCUUUGUUGACACCACCUAUCGCUACUUUUAAUCAACCAUUACCUCCUCAGUUACAAGGUAGAUUCCCUCCUCCUCACCAACUGCCGCAACAACAACAACAACAACAACAGCAAAAUGAUAUGAUGUUGCCUAUGCCUCCUCAUGCCUUGCCUAAUGGUCUUCCACCCCAGAUGUUUGGUAAGAACCAGUAGAAGCAUGAAGAAGCCCAAACUGAGAGAUAAAG